CAUCAGUCAUUGUGCCGUCACUUGGUCACGGCUGCUCACGAAGUGAUCUGUGGCUUGAUGCGUGAUGUCUGUUCGCACGUACAGCUCGUGGAUAUCCACAACAUCAUCUAUGACGUGUUAUGAGUCAUUGUUCAGCUGUGUGAGCCGAGUUGUUUAUUUGAACAACCACACACGCUCUACUUCUACGCUUCGAACAUCAUUGGCGCAAUCUACAGCCACUGCGCACGCUGCAUAAGGUAUUACUGUGAGCUGAUUAGCUUCUCUUCCAGUGGUGCUACUCACAGGCUGUGCUUGGUAGUCCUUUCUAAACAACUGCGAUUAGGCUGUAGCUGGCGCCACACAUCGCCCUUUCCACGGCAGGACUCUGCCUCCAAAAUUCUGUAGCAGUGCAGCAUGAGUGCUCCAAAUUCAGAUGCCUUACAACCUGAUCUCUCUUUGGCGUUAUCUGCGCAAUAUCUGAGAGCUUGGCGCAAGUUUGUCGAGAGAAUACCGCGUUAUUCGCGGGAGCCCAUCGCGGUCGAUGCACUGCCGUUCGCGUCCUUUCAGCUUUCUACCCUGAGAGAGUAUCUCAAACAAGUCCCAGGCACCAAGUUGGCAUCGACGGUUCGAGAAAUCAAGUUUGCUGAUAUUUUAAGCGAAUUUCUCUUUCCACGGCAUGAGCAAUUUGCUGUAGACAAACAGCUACGAGCAAAACGCAUCAAUGAGAUAUAUGCAAAGCGCCCGACCUUUGACGAGACUGAAUUCACUGUUGGAGACCUAAAGGCGUUCUUCGGGCGCAUCAUGCCCGAGAUACCGGCUGAUCAGUUUGAAUUCCUUUACGCUGGGCAAAAUGUUUGGGUUCCUGAUCAUUUCACGAUACUUUCUGUGUGGACGCACGCAAAAUGCUAUUCGGCACAUGCCACUGAGUGGUGUGUUAUUCUUGGUUUCGAAUAUGUGCCUUUGCGGAUGGCCAUCGACGCGGACCACUCUGAAUAUGUCAAACGCUGGACGCAGUACGAUCUUUCUACCACUGACUCGAGUAACACAGACAAAAGCCUCGUGCCUGCAAUCUCGAGCCGCCAGCUGUGCGAUGGAUCAGAUUUGUCCUCAUCGCAGAUUUUCUUGUCACCACAACAUGUCGUUGCCUGGCGUAAGUAUGUUGCACGCGACCCACGUUUUGCGAAGGAUCCUAUCUCCUACAAGAACUUUGUUGAACGUGCUACUCUGACAUUUAUUGACUCCACGGGAGCACCGUACCAGUGCUCUGCGCAAUCUCCUCUCCGACAAUUUUGUGACGGAAUCGAGUACACGAAGCUGAUAGAGAUGUUGUUGUUGCCAGACCUGGCGGCAAGUAGCAAGCAGCGGGCCAAUGUAAGCCAUCGAGCAUCUUGGUAGAUCCAGACUGACGCUUUGCAGGCAAUCAAUGAACUCUACGCUACUCGACCAGACUUUGAUGAGACACAAUUCUCG